AUGGCUGCCACCGGCGGGAAGCUCAUGCACGCCGUCCAGUACGAGGCCUACGGCGGUGGAGCCGCCGCACUGAAGGUAGAGUUUUCUUCUUCUUGAAGAAAUGGGGAUUUACCUGUUUUUUUUCUUCUGUCGUGUGAAAAAUAUUUCGGAAUUCAGUCAUUGUUCAUCUGAUUCGACUGUGUACUUAAUACGUUCGUGAUGACUGCCUGUUGAAGAAUUAAAAGGUGGGAAGAGCUGACAAAUAAUCGGGCGCACUGUUCCUCCACUGAGUGUGGAUGACCGAAGAGUAUGGGUCUUCUGAUUUUAAAGGGCUCGCAGAUCACGGAAUCUCGAACCGCCAUAGAUGAGCGUGAUUGGAACUAUUUUCCAGCAUUAACGAUUGAAAAAUGGUUGCCUGAUCUGGUCUUGUCGUCCUUCACGACGAGAAGCUAAUUUUUCAAAGGGAGGGUCCUCGCGACGAUAAUGGAUGAUUUCUUCAUUGUGAAUAUCAUCUACGAUGUGCAUGACAACCCUAGCUAGGUUUCAUAUACUGGACAAUUUUGGCGACUUUUCCUGGAUUUAGCAUACUAGAGAAAAGGGGAACAAAAUGAUGAAGGAACAAUGUUCAAGUGCGAUAUCCUCUGAUUGUCGACGUGUUUUUGCUUUUUAUCCAGUUUAUCAAAUGAUGUUCUGUAUGCUUAGCCUUUCCUAAAAUGGCUAUUGAUUGGUAUCCUCUUGACGCAGCACGUUGACGUUCCAAUUCCAAUACCAAAGAAGGGUGAGCUUUUAGUGAAGCUGGAAGCGGCAAGCAUCAACCCGAUUGAUUGGAAGAUCCAGAAAGGCGUAAUAUGGCCGUUUCUGCCUCGAAAAUUUCCAUUCAGGCCGGGUAAGUUGCAACAAUGAAAAAAAAGUUUGACAUCAUAAAAAUUGGUCGGGUUUAUUCUGUUUAGUGGUAAUAACUGGUGAUCAUUAUUGUCAGCAAGUCAGUUACUAAAACCUGUUUAUUUCGUUUUAUGGAUUUGACAAUUAACAGUUUUGGUGUGAUCCUUUUAGAGAAAUCAUAAUCCAGUAACAUCGUCAUUAUGUUAACAUUUUUUCUGAUUAAGAUCAUGGAAGUGAUACCAUCAGGGGCACGACAUUUUAUUUAUUCUAAAAAAAAGAAAAGAAGAGAGAAGGUCUGAUAUAUGACUUGAUUGGGGAUCUUCUGUGUUCUUGCUCUGAUGUAUCUGUUUAGGGCUGGUCUAUCUUGAUACUCUACGUUGAUAAGAUCUAGUAUCUGUCACAGUGUGCGCGCGCAGCGAUUCGAUUCCCUGCAUUCAGUUAAAUCAUGGGUCUUGAUCUGCUAGAUGUUACGAGGAAGAGAUAAAUAUGGUUGCUUUAUAGAGAAAAAUCCCUCUUGAAAGCAGCUGUAUACGCAUAUUUACUAUCAGUUGUGAGCUAGGUUUGUUAGUUUCUGAUAAUUGAAAGUACUUGGAUUUCUAGAAGGCAUGUUCUAACAGAUGAAUCACUUUCUUUUGACAUAAUCUUAUAAACUGAGGGGACUGAGAUUAAUUUUCCGAUCUCCUGACUGAAAAAUCAUUUAUGUUUCAGAAGCCGACUCCAAAAAAAUAAAUCAGACGAAAGUUUAUCUGAUAGAUUGCUUACUUCAAUCGAUUUAUAUGUUCUUACCCUCUAUUAUUAUGGAAAACAUUAAUCAAAGUUUCCAUGAAAUUAUUUUUUUGGAAGACUCGCUUUCUGUCCUCAGUUUUAGCAAAGAAUGUGGAAGCAGUUUCAUUAUCGGGGCCAUGAAACCAAAGAGAACUCAUACGCCAUGCCUGUUGCUGUACAAAGAAUCUAUGAAUAUUGUGUUCAAAGGCUCUCGGUUCUCAUGAUGCAGUCACCGAUGUGGCGGGCGAGGUGGUCGAAGUUGGCUCCGGUGUGGACUUCAAACCCGGCGACAAAGUGGUGUCGUUCCUUUCCGGUUCGGUAUGUUCCCACCUCGAGUGGCCUUUUUAUUAUAUGAUCAUCGAUCUACCAGAAUACGUAAUUCAUUACCUUUUUCGGUGCUCUUCCCAGAAUUUCAUAGAAAUUUAGCACAGAUACACACAUAUGUAUUUAUAUAUAUAUAUAUAUAUAUAUAUAUAUAUAUCUAGAGAGAGAGAGAGAGAGAGAGAGUUUUUUGAUCUGUGGUUGGACAUGGGCAGGGAGGAGGGUUUGCAGAGUAUGCCGUGGCAUCGGCUAGUAAAACAGCGAAGAGGCCGGCGGAGGUAUCCGCUGUCGAGGCAGCGGGCUUACCGGUAGCGGGGGUCACCGCCCUCCAGACCCUGAAAUCUGCCGGGAUCAGCUUUGGCAGCGGCGGCAGUGAGAAAGCCGCGAACAUCCUAGUCACCGCCGCCUCUGGCGGGGUGGGCCUGUAUGCGGUCCAGCUGGCAAAGCUGGGCAACUGCCACGUUACUGCCACCUGCGGAGCGAGGAACUUGGAGCUGGUGAAGAAUGUGGGUGCCGACGAGGUGCUGGACUACAAGACCCCUGGCGGCGCCGCCUUGGAGAGUCCCUCCGGGAAGAAGUACGACGCCGUGAUCCACUGCACCACCGGCAUCCCCUGGUCAACGUUUGAGCCCAACCUGGCAGAAAGUGGGAAGGUGAUCGACAUCACCCCCAACGUCACCGCCUUCCUCACAGCCGCCAUCAAGAAGAUCACCUUCUCCAAGAAGCAGCUGGUGCCCCUCCUCGUGAUCCCCAAGCGGGAGGAUGUGGAGUUUUUGGUGGGUCUGGUGAAGGAAGGGAAGUUGAAGACGGUCGUUGACUCGAGGCAUCCUCUGAGCCAGGCAGAGGCGGCUUGGGCCAAGAGCAUCGACGGGCACGCCACGGGGAAGGUCGUGGUGGAGAUAGGGUCCCGUGAGGCCGAGUGA